CUUCCUUAUAAAGUGAUUCCAUGAGGUUAGGGUUUUGCAGAUCCCUUGGUUCUGUUGGAAGCUAGCGAAGCGGCUAUUGCGUUCAGGGAGCUUGUACGGAGAGAAAUGGGUCAUUCCAACGUCUGGAAUUCGCAUCCGAAAAACUACGGUCCUGGUUCUCGUGCUUGCCGAGUCUGCGGUAACCCUCAUGGUUUAAUUCGGAAGUAUGGGCUGAUGUGCUGCCGGCAGUGCUUCCGCAGCAAUGCCAAGGAGAUUGGCUUUAUCAAGUACCGCUGAAGACUGGCUACGCCGAGAAAGUUUAUGUCUGAAGAAGUCUGCAUCUGCUUCUUCCCCCAAACCUUCCCUGCUUUUUUUUUUCUUUUAAAAUGAAAAAAUGUACUCUUAUUUGCUUGAACUAGUAGUGGUGUUUUUCCUUUAGUUUGUUCGCUUACCAGUCUUGUUUAAUGGUGAUAAUAUGUGUUGAAUCCCAAAUUUCUUAGCUUUGAGGUGUAUUCUUUUUAGACUCUUAUUAUUAAAAGCUUUAGCAACGAUAA